AUGUCUAACCCUACAACCCAAACUAACGACGAUGCCGAUAACCUUAAUCUUAAGGUGUCGGGCAUCGUGCAACUUAAACCUCAAGGUGCGGACUCAAACUACCUCGAUUGGAGUUUCGUGGUCCUUCUUCACCUGAAGUCCCUCAAACUAGCGUACGUCCUUGAGCCCAAGGCUUCUCCUACCAGCACUGAGGCGAAAUUGACGACUCCGCUUCCUUCUUCUCGAGUCAACAACAGUAUUGCCGUCUCGUCGUUCAUCGCUAGGACCAUUCAUCCUAGUAAUCUUAGGUUCAUCAGAGCUCACGGCGCUGAUGCUGCAGCAAUGUGGGCAUCGCUAUCGCAGGCACACCAAGACUUCUCUUCAGGAGGUCGCAUGCACUGGCUGCGACAACUCGUCGUUGCUCGACUCACCUGUGACAACAUUGAUUCGCACAUCGAAUCGAUGGCAGUUUGCGCAGAGCGCCUCGGGUCGCUGGUCACACCUGAGAAACCCCUCACGGUUGACGACAUUCACGCCACCGCCCUCCUUACUUCGCUUAUGGAUGAUUGGCUUCUGUGUGUAUCCUUGCUGAUGAAUGAGGAUUCUGUAACUUCAUCGCGGAUCGUCUCGGCCCUCAAGGCCGAGUCUCUUCGUCGUAAGGCUCGUCGCGAGGACGACACUACCGUCUCCGUCUCCAAGGCUCGUGCCGACUACGCUAAAGGCAAGCCUUGCUUCAAUGAAGCACUCCACUGCUCCUUUUGCAACCGAUCCGGCCACGACCUUGCUAUCUGCAAGAACGCCGCACGGGUGCUCCCUGAGCAUAAGUCCGGCCACUCAUCAGGUAACACAGGAGGUCAUUGUCAUCCCGAUUCUGCUCGAGACAACAGACGACAUGCGCCCAACAAUCGCUCGUCCAAUCGUGCUGCUUCCACUUCUAAGCCCCCUGUGACUGCAGGUCAAGCCACCAUGGUGGAGCUGGGUUAUGAAUCCUACGACGAGGAGUCAGACUUCUCGGUUCCCGAGCGCGCUGGAAAUGCCGCUGUUGGCACCUAUCCUGUGGAGUCUCCCAGCAAUGUUGAUGCCAACAUUGACUCAGGAUGCUCCAUCUCAAUGACUCCUCACGAGUCCACUGUCGACCUCACUUCCGCUCUCUGUUGA